GUUGUAAGCUCUUAAUUCUUGGAAGAAUGCCAAAGCUAACCAGAGCAAACAGAAUGAUCAUCAAUUAUACUGAUCCUGUGUUCUCUGUGGCCAAACUUUUGACUGCAUUUGAACACGCAGUGAGCUCUGCUGACACUAUUCCUGGUGAAGACCACCAAAAUCUUUACAAGGACUUUAUUCAGUGCUUGUCAAAAUUUCCUCAUGAAACAGCUAGGUUGGAAAAAGCCUGUAAUGAUAUGAUGGCUUUGUAUCCUACUGUGAGUUAUCCUUUAGAAGUACUUUGCUUGCACUUCAUUCAGUCAGGUGCUUUGUCAGAAGAGGCCCUGUGCUAUUUUUCUAGGCUUUUGGAGAUGGACGCAAGUAGUGGUCCAGGCAUCAUUGGUUUUGGUAUAAAGUGCCUCCAAGAAAGGAAAUACAAGGAGGCUGCUAAGAGUCUUACUGAAGGUUUGCAGAAGACUAGCCAGUGUCCAGCAGCAUGGUGUUAUUUGGCAGAGGCACAGAUGAAAAUUCACAAACACAGAGACGCUGUCCUGUCCUGCAAUCAAGCUCUUGAGGCUCUUGGAACUCCUGAGGGUCCUAGUCUUCGGUGGAAGAACCUUAUCCUUAAGGUGAAAGCAGAGGCGUUGAUUAAACUAGCUGAUGCUGAUGCUGCAGAAGAAGCCAUUAAAGCACUUGAGCAGAUUGUGGAUGCAAGCAGUGAUCCAGUGGUUUUAGCUAUCAGAGGUCAGGCUUAUCUAAACAAAGGUUUAAUGGAUCAAGCUUCAAAGAUUUCACAAGAGCUUCUGUUGUCCCACCCUGAUCUGGCCGAGUCCCAUGCUUUAGAGGGUUUCAUCCAUUAUUCCCAAAAGAACUAUGAGCAGGCAGAAAGAAGUUUUCUAAAUGCCAUUGAAAGAAAGGUGGAAACUGCGGAGUAUCAUCAGUACCUGGGGCUCACGUACUGGUUCAUGAGUGAUGAGACAAAAAAAGACAGACGAAAAGCACUCACUCAGUUCUUGAAGGCUGCAAAAUUGGACAGCUACUUGGGAAGUGUCUUUUGUUAUUUAGGUAGCUACUACAGAGACAUUGAUGGAGACAAAAGUAGAGCUCGUGGUUGCUAUAAAAAGGCUUUUGAACUGGAUGGAACCGAUGAAGAAUCUGGAAUAGCAGCUGUAGACUUAAGUGUGGAACUUGGAGACAUGGACACUGCUCUGUCAAUCCUGAAUGAGGUAACUGAAAAAGCGAGUACUGGUACAGCAAAAUGGGCCUGGCUUCAUCGUGGACUUUACUACCUGAGAACUGGUCAGCCGUCACAAGCAGUGGCUGAUUUGCAGGCAGCCGUCAGGGCUGAUCCAAAGGAUUCCAACUGCUGGGAGUCUCUAGGGGAGGCUUACUUGAGCAGAGGUAGCUAUUCAACAGCUCUAAAAUCCUUCAGGAAAGCAAGUGAGCUGAACCCAGGGCUUGUGUACAGCAUUUACAGAGCUGCAGCAGUUGAGCAGAUUCUAGGCAAAUAUGAAAAUGCUAUAGCUACCUAUCAACAAAUCUUAAAGAAGACAGAAGACUAUGUGCCUGCCCUGAAAGGACUUGGUGAGUGCUAUCUCAUGCUGGCAAGAUCAGCCCUUGAUAACUAUCUUGAUAGGAAGGCUGUGGAUUACAUAGAGCAGGCUCUUGAAUUUUUUACAAGGGCAACAAAGCACCGACCUGAUGUAUCUUGCCUCUGGAAACUUCUUGGAGAUACCUGUACUAGUGUGCAUGUUAUUUCACCAACCAAAGUGAAUGUUCAAGUUUUAGGAUCCCUUCUGGGUAAAAACGCAGGCAAACAGAUGCUGAAGAAAAGUGAGCUGCUCAGACUGGGAGGAAGGUGUUACGGCAGAGCUUUAAAACUGAUGCCUUUGCCUAGCAUAUGGUGUGAUCUUGGAAUAAAUUAUUAUCGACAAGCAGAGCACCUUACAGCAGUGGGCACUGACAUGAAUGAGAUCAGCGAACUGCUAGAGAAGUCUUUACAGUGUCUCAAAAAAGCUGUGAGGCUUGACAGCAAAAAUCAUCUUUACUGGAAUGCACUUGGUGUAGUUGCUUCCUGUAGUGCUAUUGGGAAUUUUGCUCUUGCUCAACAUUCGUUCAUCAAAUCUGUUCAAGCUGAGCAAAUCAAUGUUGUUGCCUGGACCAACUUGGGGGUUUUGUAUCUGGCAACAGGAAACAUUGAGGAAGCUCAUGAAGCCUUCAAGGUAGCCCAGUCUCUGGAGCCUUCUUACUUAUUGUGUUGGAUUGGGCAGGCUCUUAUUGCAGAAACAGUAGGCAGCUAUGAUACUAUGGAUCUCUUCAGGCACACAACUGAAAUCAGUAUGCAUGCUGAGGGAGCCAAAGGCUAUGCCCACUGGGUAUGUUCAACACUGCAGGAUAAAAGCAACAGAAACACUGAACUGUAUCUGUACAACAUUGUUCAAAUGAAUGCUAUUCCGGCAGCCCAGGUGGUCUUGACCAAAUACACAGAAAGAAAUCCAGACGAUGCAUCUGCUUUCACAAUGCUUGGUUAUUUGAAUGAGUAUCUGCAUCUGAAAAGGCAGGCAGCAGAUGCCUAUGAGAGGGCAGCUUCAUUGCUGAAAAACUCUGAGGAUACUGAGAAAUACCAUAUAGCAAUGCAAAACUAUGGCAGGGCACUGUGUGCCCUUGGUCAGUGUGAUAAGGCCCUUGAGGUUUACACAUCAACACCCCUAACUGAGUUUGAUGGCAUUGUGGGGAUAGCGUUAGCCUACUUCAAGAAAGGACUCCUACAAGAAAGUAUGAAAGCCUAUGAAAAAGCUUUGUCUGUUGCUGAGUCUGAACAAGAUAAAGCACAUAUCCUGACUGCCUUGGCAAUUAUAGAGUAUAAAAAGAACAAAGUGGAUGCUGCGAAGACACUGCUGUUUAAAUGCUCAUUAAAGGAACCUAGUACGGAAAGUCUGAAGGCUUUGUGCACACUAGGACUCGUAAAGCAGGAUGCCACACUUGCAACAGCAGCCCUAAAAGAAUUACUGAAGCAUGAAAAAGGGGGCGAUGGGAUUUAUGAGAGGUGCCUUAUUGCAUCUGCUGUUUAUGCAUUGCAAGGUAGAAAUGUGGGGGUCCAGAGAGAACUCUCCAAAGCAAUACACAGUUACCCUGACAAUCCUGCCCUCUGGUGUCUUCUGUCUCGGCUAGUUCCAGUGUUUGCAGCACAAAAGGCAAAAGGGGGAGCUGUGGCAGGAAGCAUUGCACAUGCACUUGAUGUAAACCAUGGAAAGGAGGUCCUGCUGGAUAUUGCAGUUAAUCAGUUGGCAGCAGGAUGUCACAUGUUAGAAGAUGAGAAAAACAAUCCUCUGAAAAAUAUUCAGAAGGCAAUCCACCUCUGUCCAGAUAAUCCUGCUGCCUGGGCAGUGCUGAUGGCAGCCUGUCAUGCUGAAAACACUGUUGUCUGUCUGAACAACACUCAGCCAAAGCGAACGGAUCUAGAGAUGACACUUGUAUCUACAGUUUCAGCCAAAACUGGAGAAAAUAACCUUCCACGUAAUUAUAUCCAGACUCUUGAAGACUGGUGUCUAUGUCAAGCAAUUACCAGUCUAGAGGAGACUGGUAAACUCUCAGAAGCUGAGGCUCUUUGUACCAAGGGUUUAAAAAGCUGCCCUGACCACCCAGCUCUGUUUUUGCUUUUGAGACAAGUCCAGUGUAAGCAGCUGUUGCAGUCUUACAAAGAACUUCCAGACAACAUCCUGGAGGAGCUUCGCAAGACAGUCAUGACCAGUUCAACUUCAGUUGCAGCCUGGCAAUGGCUGGCAAAAGUAUAUCAGUCUCAAAGAAUGAUGGUUGGAGCAGAGAUGUGUUACAGAAAGAGUCUGCAGUUGGCGUCACAGCAGGGCAGCUGGAACGGGAAGUUAUCCAGUCUGCUCAGCCUAGCUAUGCUUGCACUGGAAAUCUGCAUGGCUAAUGUCUCAAAUGAGCGCUGGCCAUCCUUGGUUCAGGAGGCAACAACUGAAGCUUUGAAACUUUCUUUUUGCCCUCUGGCAGCUCUCCUACAAGCACUGCUACAGUAUAAUCGCAAAAUGGGAGCAAGGGAGACUCGUCGUAUGUUGGCAAGAGUGGUUUAUCAACCGGGGAAUCCAGAAACCAUAGCGUCAGUGGCACGCUGGUACCUCCUGCAACAUCUGUAUGCCAAAGAUGAUUAUGAAUUGAUAGAUGUACUUAUAGAAAAUGCCAAAGCUAAUGGGGAUGUUAGAGCUCUGGAACUAAACGAGAAAUUGUCAUCAAGUGCCUAGUAUGGACUAUCUCAAGUGAAAAAUCUUCCAUUCAUGCAACUUAAUGAAUCCAUCUUCCACAAGUGUAUGUGGUUUCGGCU